AUGAUUCGGACAGGUAUUAAGCCCCCAGGGUUGAGAGAAAUAACCAAGAUACAAUUAUCAUUGAAGGAUUAUUUUUUGGGAGACGAAUAUCGGACGCACUCUAUAUUCACUGGAGUCCAUGCUGAUCGGAUGAGAAAUGCCCAAAAGGUGGAAAAUAAGACAUUUGAAGAUUUAAGAUUUAUCAGGUUAGGUAGUGGUAAAGGAGGGAAUGGAUCGGUAUCAUUUUUCCGAGAUUCCCAUACACCAUUUGGACCUCCGGACGGAGGAGACGGGGGAGAUGGAGGAAACAUAUAUAUCCAAGUAGUGGAAGGGCUUAAUUCGUUACAUCGGUUGAAUAAGAGUUAUCAAGCCGGGUAUGGAGAAAGUGGUAAAGGAUCACAAUUAGACGGGAAGAAUGGCCGAGAUAUAAUAUUGGAGGUCCCGAUUGGGACCACGAUUCGGUGGAUUCCCGAUCCGGUUAGUAUUAGAAGGUCGAUUAGACGGCUGAAGGACCGAUUAGAUAUGGUUAAUCUAAAGAUGGGGUUAGUUAAUAACGAGAUUCAGUUAUAUAGAGAGGAUUACCAGCCGGGAGAUGGGUGGAUAUUCAAAGAGCGAGAUGAAGAGUACCAGCGAGAACGAGACUAUUUCAAUAAUUUGAAUGAACGGGUGAAAGUAUACGAUGAAGAGAUUAUAUUUGAAGAACGAACGAACGACCGGUUCCCAAUCUUGGGGAUUGAUUUGAACAAGCCGACUUUGCAACCGGUGUUAUUAUUGAAAGGAGGUAAAGGAGGAAUGGGGAAUAUGAAUUUUUUAACUAAAGAUAUAAGAAAUCCUCGAUUUAGUAAACGAGGUCGGAAUGGGAUUCAAGAAUAUUUUUUAUUAGAGUUGAAAUUGAUUGCUGAUUUAGGGUUAAUUGGGUUACCAAAUGCCGGGAAAUCUACGUUAUUGAGGUCAAUUUCCAAAGCCAGUCCUAGGGUUGGUCACUGGGAAUUUACCACGUUACAACCUACGAUUGGGACCAUUCAGACCACCAUUGAUAAGGAGCCAUUUACCGUGGCCGAUAUUCCGGGGAUUAUCAGGGGGGCUUCGCAGAAUAAAGGAAUGGGGUUAGAUUUCCUCAGACACAUCGAAAGAACCAAGGGCAUGGUGUUUGUGGUUUCCUUAGAGCUGGAAGACGCGGUUGGUGACUUACAAACGCUUAUGCAAGAAGUUGGCGAUAAGCGGAUGCAAAACAAGAAAAAAUUGGUGGUGGCCACCAAAGCUGAUUUGAACGAGUCUAGUGGAAAUUAUCAUGUUUUGAAAGAUUAUGUUGAUUCCAUGUCGUGGAAAAUCCUCCCGGUUUGCGCCAAACAGGAUGAAAACAUACAAAAGUGUAUAAAGCUAAUGAGUGAAAUGGUAUAA